AUUCUCGAAUUUUCGUCAUUUCGCGUUUGAACCUGUCACCUCAUGUUUCUCUGUCCAGCGUGAUUAAAAAGCCUGCCGCAUUGCUGUGUUGAAUUUUGUUUGGAAGCCGAAAUUUCGGAUCUGUGAUUGAACUUGUAGAAAUUUUUGAUUGCGGCCAAGAUGUCCGUCAUCGGAAUUGAUUUUGGAAACGACUCUUGUUACAUCGCGGUCGCCAGGGCCGGCGGAAUCGAGACAAUCGCCAAUGACUACAGCCUUAGAGCAACUCCAUCAUGUGUGGCGUUCAGCUCGAAGAACAGGAUUCUGGGUGUCGCGGCCCAAAACCAGAUCGUGACCAACAUGAAGAACUCGGUGUACGGCUUCAAGAGGCUGAUGGGCCGGAAGGCUAACGACCCGUCACUGCAAUUUGAACGCAAGUUUCUGCACUACAACUUUGAGGGUGGCGCCAACGGAGACCUGGUCAUCAGGGUGCACUACAAGGACAAGGAGCAGAGUUUCACCCCUGAGCAGAUCACAGCCAUGCUCUUCACGAAGCUCAAGGACAUCGCAGAGAAGGGCCUGCAGACUAAAGUCAACGACUGUGUCAUCUCGGUUCCGUCGUACUACACCUGCUACGAGAGACAGGCUAUUCUGAAUGCUGCCGCCAUUGCUGGUCUAAAUGUCCUGAGACUGAUGAACGAGAAUCUGGCGACUGCUUUGUGCUACGGCAUCUACAAGCAGGACAUGCCUGAGACGGACGAAACUGCUCGAAACGUAGUCUUCGUCGACUGGGGCCACUCGUCCUUCCAAGUGUCAAUCACUGCCUUCGUAAAAGGCAAACUUAGGAUGCUAUCCUGUGCUGGAGAUGGCCAGUUAGGCGGUAGGGAUAUAGACAUGAUUCUAGCCGAGCAUUUUAGUGAUGAGUUUGUGUCAAAAUACAAAAUCAACCCCCGAACCAAUGGCAGAGCAAUGCUCCGGCUCCUCACUGCAGUUGAAAAACUCAAGAAACAAAUGUCUGCAAAUUCAACAAACCUCCCUUUGGCCAUUGAAUGCUUUAUGAAUGACAUUGACGUCAAAUCCGACAUGAAGAGAGAUGAUAUGGAGUUGCUCUGCAGUCACCUAUUUUUGAAGGCGGAGGCAGUGAUGCAGAAAUGCCUUGAUGAUUCAGGUCUGCAAAUUAAGGACAUUCACUCCGUUGAAAUUGUUGGAGGCUCCAGCAGAUUGCCAGCCCUCAAGAACUUGAUCCAGAAAGUCUUUUGCCACCAACCGAGCACCACUUUGAAUCAAGAUGAGGCUGUGGCUAGAGGAUGUGCCCUGCAGUGCGCUCUGCUCUCACCAGCUGUCCGCGUCAGGGACUUUAACAUUACUGACAUUCAGUUGUUCCCAGUGCAUCUUGCUUGGGAUCCAGAACAGGGAGAAGGAACAAGUGAGCUUGAGGUAUUUCCUCACAAGCAUGUCGUUCCUUUCGUCAAGAUGCUCACCUUCUAUCGAAGCAAUCCGUUUGCUCUUCGUGCUUUUUACAAGGGCGCUAUUCCAUAUCCUGAUCCUAAUAUUGGUGUGUAUAAAAUCCAUGAUGUCCAGCCAAAUGCCGCUGGUGAGAGCCAGAAGAUCAAGGUGAAGGUCAAAAUGACCCUUCACGGGACUUUUGCAAUCAGCUCGGCUGCUAUGCACGAGACAGUUAUUGAGCCAGUCAGUGCCCCUGAACCAAUGGAGGUUGACAACCAGGAAGCUGCAACCCCGGAGGAAAAGCAAGGAGCUCCUCCAGCAGGAGAGUCUCAGGAGGAGGCUGGGAGUCAAAAGGAAGAAAAGAAGGAAAAGAAGAGGACGAUAACAACUGAAUUGCCAGUGCAGUCCAUCACUGGCAGCCUUAAGGCUGACUCCGUUGACGAAUUCCACAAGCAAGAGAUACAAAUGAUCAAUGAUGACCAUGAAGAAAAUGAGCGCAUUGAUGCCAGAAACGCUCUUGAAGAAUUUGUGUAUGAAAUGAGGAGUCAGCUCGGAAGCGAAGAAUGCUUGGCUAAAUAUGUAAAAGAAGACGAGCUCUCCUCCCUGUUUGUUGCACUUGAAAAUAUGGAAACUUGGCUCUAUGAAGAUGGAGAAAACUGCGAAAGGAAAGAUUAUGCUAACCGCCUUUCAGAGUUGAAGUCGAAAAGUGACCCAAUAAAGCAGAGGAAGCUUGAGUUUGAAUGCUUCCCUAAAAUAUUUGAGGACUUCAGCCGCUCCAUCAUGUUGGCUGAAAAGACGGUGAGCCUGGCUAAGUCUGGUCAUGCCGACUACAGCCACUUUACCCCUGAUGAGAUUGGCUCAGUCGAGGAAGCAGUAAAAAGUGCUAUCGCUUUUAUGGAGGAAAAACGAUGCCUGCUGGCCAAGGCGUCCAAGACCAGUGACCCUCCAGUCACAGUCAGCGUUCUGCAGGCAGAAAGAAAGCUCUUUGACUCAAAAGUGAGUGUUCUUAAAAAGCCAAAACCUCAACCACCCGCUGCCGAUCCUCCGAAAGAAAAUGAGACCAACAACAAAGAUGCGAACACGGCGGAAAAUACAAACACAGAUGGCGGCGAGGCAAUGCAGGCUGAAUAAGCGUUUUACAGCACUAAUCAAUUCAUUUCAUACUUAUUGUCACUCGAGCUGCUGUAACUAAAUCCUUCAAUUUCGUCAUGCACUUAACAUUGCACUAAUUUUCGCCUUCUGUGACUCUUUGAAAUGAAAAAUCGCUGCUUUGGAGACCAGUUGCGAAUAACGCGAGCAUAAUUAGUGUGCAAAUAAAUGAAGAGUCUUUUUUUGUCAAUAAGCAA